GGGAAGCAGAGCAGUGUGCCGGGAGCUUUCGAGGGGGCAGGACGCAAUCGCUCCCUCGACCUUGUUGGGAGCGAUCUCACCCUCCACAAAAACCUUCACGUCUGCCUCCACCCAAGUGACCUGACCCUCCCCACGCCCCCCCCUCCCUCCCGCGCCUGGGGUCAAGGGGGGCCAGGAGGAGGAGGUCAGGGGUGUGUGUGUGUGAGUGAGUGGCCCCAGACAGACAGACAGGAAGAGAUCGUGUUUUUUUUGCUCUUCGCCUCGUGAAAAAAAUUGUAAUCGGGAGAGAGAAAAAAAAAGAAAGAAAAAAAAGACAGUGAAAAAGUGAGUUAGUGAAAGUGAGAAAAGAAAGAAAAAAAGAGAAAGAGAGAGAGAGAGACAGAAGGAGAACAUGAAGUACAAAGAGAAGAAGUAAAAAAUAAAGACAAGAGGAAGAGAAGAAAAAAGAUAGAAGUAAAUAAAAAAAUAUUGAGAGAGAGAGAGAGAGAGAGAGAGAGAGAGAGAGAGAGAGAGAGAGAGAGAGAGAGAGAGAGAGAGAGAGAGAGAGAGAGAGAGACGCUGGUUGGGGAUUGGAAAAGCGUGUCUGUACGAGAGAGAGAGAGAGAGAGAGAGAGAGAGAGAGAGAGAGAGAGAGAGAGAGAGAGAGAGAGAGAGAGAGAGAGAGAGAGAGAGAGAGAGAAUAUGUGAUAACUUUAAAAUCUGGACUCUGAAAGGAAGAAAGAAAGAAAAUAAAGAAAGAAAGAAAGAAAAAGAAAGAGAAGAAUAAGAAAAUGUCGAAGAUGAAAUAACAUUGACGUUGUAAAAAAAGAGAAAGAGAGAAAGAAAAAAAGAAAGAAAAGAAAGAAAAAAAGAGACCAGGAUAUGAAAUAGAGAAAGAAAGAAAGAAAGAAAGACAAGAAUAAGAAGGAAACAAAAAGAAAAAGUGUGAUUAGAAAAAUAACUGAAGAAGAAGAAGAAGAAAAGGAAGAGGAAGAAGAAGAAGAAGAAGAAGAAGAAGAGGAAAUAGAAGGAGGAGGAAAGAGAGAUUUUUUCCCUCCAUUUCUUCCCUCCAUUCCUCCAUUCUUCCCUCCAACGACCGUAAAUGGUGCAGCUUGAAGGGGUGACUCAGGCAGCGCGGAGCGAGGGGUGACGGGGGAGUGCUAGCCCCUUCUACUCCCCCUUUCCUAGCUCCCUUAGCCCCCUAGUGCGUGAGGCGGGGGAGGAGGAAGAGGAGGGAGGCAUACUGGGCGUGAGGGGAGAGGAAGACAAUGGGAGGAAGACGGCACAUUCAUGGAGGAGGAGGAAGAGGAGGAGGAGGAGGCGGAGGAAGAAGAAGAAAAUGUAGCCGAAAUACGAUCAAAAUAACGUACAUGGACAUCCUAAUCAACUCGGUUUUUAUCAUCCUCCUCAUCGUCGGGGUGAGGGGAGUCAGCCCGCCCCAGCAGCACCAGUACCAGCCACAACCCCAGCCACACCAACCCCCGCCGGAAAGACCCCAGCAGCACCCCCAGGCCCUCCCCUUGGCGCAACCGCUCACCAUUGGCACCAGGUUUCGAGCCCCGCACCCCACCCCGGACGAGACAGCCAGCAGGGGGGUGAGGGAGCGGCUCAACGUGGGAAUCAUAAUGCCGAUGACCAAGUUCCUGCUGAGGGGUUACCAAGGCCAGGUGCGCAAGGGCCUCAAGGUGUUCGACAAUAAGCUCGGCGAGAAGUACAGUUUCAGCUACAGCGAGUUCAUACAGCAACAAAUGCCCAUCAACCCCUCCCCGACGAAGAUCCUGGACACCCUCUGCGACAAGUUCCUCCCCAUGAACGUGUCGGCCAUCAUCUACACGACAAAGGAUGAGCACUUCGGCAGGAACACCGCCUCGUCCCAGUACUUCCUGCAGCUGGCCGGGUACCUCGGCAUCCCCGUCAUCGCCUGGAACGCCGACAACUCUGGCCUCGAGCAGGCGUCCAUGAGUGGGCUGAGGAUACAGAUGGCGCCCUCGAUCCAUCACCAGGCCGCGGCCAUGCUCAGUAUCCUCGUCCGUUACCAGUGGCACGCGUUUACAAUCGUCACCAGCCACAUUGCCGGCCACAGCGACUUCGUGCAGACAGUGAGAGAUCAGGUUCACCAGUACCGCGACACCCAGGACCUGACCAAGCCCAAUAUUAAGUUCACCAUCAUCGACACUGUGCUACUGAACCAGGCAGAGGAGGACUUGGCGGUGGUGGUGGACAGCGAGGCGAGGAUCAUGCUGCUCUACUCGACCAUGGAGGAGGCCAAGCACAUCAUGAGGUCGGCCGAGAAGCUCUCCCUCACCGGCAAGAAUUACGUAUGGAUCGUUACCCAGAGCGUCGUGGGCCCCAGCGAGGUGGCCCCGAGCGAGUUUCCCGUCGGUAUGCUGGGCGUCCACUUCGACACCAACGACUCGGCCCUCCAGAACGCCCUCGUCACCACCGUCCGCAUCUUCGGCUUCGGCGUCAUAAACUUCCUCAGCGACCCCCGAAACAAACACCUGAGCCUCAACCCCCAGCUGUCCUGCGAGGGCCACACCAACGCGCGCUGGGCUCUCGGGGCGACAUUUUACAGGUACCUGAAGAAUGUGAGCGUGCCGUACGACCAGGUCUACGACAACCUCGACUCCAAGCGUGAGGAUCGUCACAACGUAGUGGAGUUCCUGCAGGACGGGACCAGGAAGGAUGUGGAGCUUAAGAUCAUGAACCUCAGACCGGGCGGCGGCUCCCUAUCCAGCAAGAAAUGGGAGGAGAUCGGCACGUGGAACUCCUGGGAGCCUGAGGGCGUGACCAUCAACGAUAUCGUCUGGCCCGGCCACCAGCACGUACCCCCACCAGGCGUGCCCGAAAAAUUCCACCUCAAGAUCGUGUUCCUGGAGGAGCCGCCCUACAUCAGCCUGGCGUCGCCGGACCCCGUGACGGGCCAGUGCAGCGCCAACCGAGGCAUCCUGUGUCGCGUGGCCACCGAGGCGAUGAUGGCCAACGUGACCAACACUACCUUGGCCCAGCAGAACAGCACCUACUACCAGUGUUGUUCGGGUUUCUGUAUCGACAUGUUGCAGAAGUUCUCCGCCGAGCUGGGCUUCACCUACGACCUCUUCCGCGUUGAGGAUGGAAAGUGGGGCACGCUGGAGGGCUUCAAGUGGAACGGGAUGGUGGCGGAGCUCAUCAACCACCGCGCGGACAUGGCUCUCAGCUCCUUCAAGAUCAACUCGGAGCGGGAGAGCGUUAUCGACUUCACGGUACCUUUCCUGGAGUCGGGCAUCGCGAUCCUGGUGGCGAAACGGACCGGUAUCAUCUCCCCCACGGCCUUCCUCGAACCCUUCGACACCGCCUCCUGGAUGCUGGUGGCCUUCGUGGCGAUCCAGGUGGCGGCCCUCACGGUAUUCCUCUUCGAGUGGCUCAGUCCAGGGGGCUACAACAUGAAGGUGGCGCCCCCAGCGGACCACAAGUUCUCCCUUCUGCGGACCUACUGGCUGGUUUGGGCCGUGUUGUUCCAGGCCGCUGUUCACGUCGACUGCCCCAAAGGCUUCACAGCGCGGUUCAUGGCCAACAUCUGGGCCAUGUUCGCCGUGGUCUUUCUGGCCAUCUACACUGCCAACCUCGCGGCCUUCAUGAUCACGCGCGAAGAGUACCACGACCUCUCCGGCAUCGAGGACCACCGGCUCCAGAAUCCGUACUUCAAGAAGCCGCCGUUCAAGUUUGGGUUCGUGCCGUUCACCAACACGGAGACUAUCAUGGCGAAGCACCAACCGGAGAUGUUCCAGUACAUGAAACACUACAACAAAAGCUCCAUUACCGACGGCAUCAAGGCCAUCAAGAAGGGGGAGCAGGACGCCUUUAUCUACGACGCCACCGUGCUUGACUACCGCGUGGGACAGGACGAUGAGUGCACACUGCUGACGGUGGGCGCGUGGUACCAUAUGACAGGCUACGGCAUCGCCUUCCCGCGGGGCUCCAAACACACCACGCAGUUCAACGAGCGUCUCAUGAGCUACAAGGACAAUGGUGACAUGGAGCGCAUUCAACGGUUCUGGCUGACGGGCGCGUGUAAACCCAAGAAGCAGAACAAGAGAGCGUCAGAACCUUUGGCCCUUGAGCAGUUUUUGUCCGCCUACCUCCUCCUGCUGACGGGCGUCCUGCUGGCCCUGGUGCUGCUGCUGCUGGAACACGCCUACUUCAAAUACGUGAGGGGACACCUACAGAAGACCGACAAGGGGGGGUGCUGCGCCCUCGUCAGUCUGAGCAUGGGUAAAAGCCUCAACUUCCGCGGGGCCGUCAUCGAGGCACACAACAAACUCCUCCGCCACCGAUGCCGCGACCCGCUCUGCGACACCCACAUCUGGAAGGUCAAACACGAGCUGGACAUGGCGCGGGUCAAGAUCAAACAGCUGGAGAAGGAACUCGAGUCACACGGGGUCAAGCCAUCCAGAAAGUUCGCCCCGAGCAAUUUACUUACAAGCUGUUGGAAACCCCGAUACAACGGACAGGAAGAGGAAGAAGAACCCCGCAUGAUCAACCUCGUCUCCAGCCUGACCACCGCACCUGAGAGGGAGAUGAUCGGGUCUCGCCAGGUGUACGGGCGCCAGGACAUGACCCGCAACCACAUCACCUCCAACGAGCCGCCCCACCCCUCCACGGCCACCCCCACCCCCACCCCGGAGACAGGCGCCCGGCAAAGGUCCUCGGCGGAGAUACGGGAGAUCGCGGAGAUGGAGACCGUUCUAUAAAGGUCAGAGAACAACGUGACAGUCUGUAAAUAUGCGUCAAAUGAGUAUCUUUUUUUUUUAUUCAUUUAUUUUUUAGGGGAUUGAAGUGACGGAAGCUGGAAAGAAAAGUGAAGUGAAGGAAGGAUGGAUUGAAGAAGGAAACCAGGAAAUCAGAUGAGUUUUUUUUUUUUUUUAGUAGAAGUGAAGAAGAAUGAAAAAGGAAAGAAGAAGAAAAAAGGAAACCAGGAAAUCAAAUGAGUGUUUUUUUAGUAGAAGUGAACAAGAAAGAAAAAGAAGGGUGAAGAAAGGAAAGAAGGAUAAGAAAAGGAAACCAGGAAAUCAAAUAAGUGUUUUUUUAGUAGAAGUGAAAAAGUAAGAAAAAGAAAGGAAGGGAUUGAAGAAGAAAACCAGGAUACCAAAUGAGUGACUUUUUUUUUUUGGUCGAAGUAAAGAAGAAAGAAAAAAAACGGAAGGAAGGAAGGAGUGAAAGAGGGAAGAGAAAGUCGAAUAAAGAGGUGAAGACGGAAAAAAAGGAAGGAAGGAAGGAUUGAAAAAGGAAAGUGACCAUCAAAUAAAGAGGUGAAGAUGGAAAAAGAAGGAAAGAAAGGAAGGAAGGAGUGAAGAAGAAAAGAGAAAACUAAAUAUAGAGGUAGAAAGGGGUAAAGAGAGGAGGGAACGAAGGAAAGAAAGGAAGGAAGGAGUAAAGAAGAAAAGAGAAAACUAAAUAGAAAUGGUAAAGAGAGGAGGGAACGAAGGAAGGAAAGGAAGGAAGGAGUAAAGAAGAAAAGAGAAAACUAAAUAGAAAUGGUAAAGAGAGGAGGGAACGAAGGAAAGAAAGGAAGGAAGGAGUAAAGAAGAAAAGAGAAAACUAAAUAGAAAUGGUAAAGAGAGAAGGGAACGAAGGAAGGAAGGAAGGAAAGAGUGAAGAAGAAAAGCGAAAAUAAAUGAAAAUGGUAAAGAGAGGAGGGAACGAAGGAAGGAAGGAAGGAAGGAGUACAGAAGGAAAGAGAAAGUCAAAUACAAGAAUGAGGAAGGAAUAAAAAAUAAUAAAAAAAGCAAGGAGUGAAAACGGGAAAGAGGAAGCCACAGCAAUAUCCUUUUUUUCCGUUGAAGUGAAGAAGAUAAUUUUUUUUUUCUUUUUUUAUCGAAGUGAAAGAACGAGGAAAUCAAAUCAUUUUUUUUUUUCGUUAAAGUGAAGAAGAAAGUAGAUGAAGAGAAAGGAAGAGAAAGUCAAAUGAGUCUUUCUUGGCAUCAGUGAAGAGAAAGGCAAAUGAGUCUUUUUUUUGGUAGCAUUGAAGACAAGAAGAGAAAGUCAAAUGAGGGUUUCUUGGCUGCAGUGAAGACAAGAAGAGUCAAAUGAGUCUUUUUUGGUAGCAUUGAAGACAAGAAGAGAAAGUCAAAUGAGUCUUUCUUGGUAGGAGUGAAGAGGAGAAGAGUCAAAUAAGUCCUUCUUGGUAACAGUGAAGAGAAGCGAGCCACCUGAGUCUUUCCUGGUCGAAAUAAAGAAGAAGAGAAAGUCAAAUGAGUGUCUAGGUCGAAGUUAAGAGGAAAAAAUCAAACGAGUCUCUUUCCUGGUCAAUCAAUCCAGCAGAAGGAAGUGGAGAAGUGAAUAGAAGAAAGGGGAGGUCAAACGAGGUUCUUUCCUGGUCAAUCAAUCCAGCAGGAGAAGAAGAAAGGGGGUCAAACGAGGCUCUUUCCUGGUCAAUCAAUCCAGCAGAAGGAGAAGAAGUGAAUAGAAGAAAGGGGAGGUCAAACGAGUCUCUUUCCUGGUCAAUCAAUCCAGCAGGAGAAGAAGAAAGGGGGUCUAACGAGGCUCUUUCCUGGUUAAUCAAUCCAGCAGAAGGAGAAGUAGUGAAGAGAAGGAAGGGGAAGUCAAACGAGGCUCUGUCUACGUCGAGGUGAACAGAAGAAGAGAAAAAGAAAAGAAGUGUAAAAGCAUGAAAAAUUACGUUCUAGUGUGUGUGGCGAAAAACUAAACUAAAAAUGAUAACAAACAAACAAGGAAAGAAAAAACAAACGAAAGCGAGACUAAACAAAAGACAAACAAAUGUAGGUAUAAAGAAGGAAAGAUUAAGUUUGAUAAAGCAGAAACCAAGAAAACAGCAACACUAAUAUCGAUAAGACGCCAACGUUCACGAGAUUAUAAUAUAGAGAUAAUUUAAACUAUACAUAUAUAUACAUAACAUAUAUAUAUUUGUGUACGUGUGUGUGUGUGUGUGUGUGUGUGUGUGUGUGUGCGCGCCAACACUGCUCAUAUAUCUGUCUGUAUAAGGGGAAGGAGGAUAAGACAAUAGACGAAAGACUCCAUAGGUAGUUAGUCUAGGCAUUCGUUUAUAGCGAAAGAAAUCACUAUAUAUAUAUAUAUAUAUAUAUACAUAACUUUAUCCAAGAUGGCGGAAUGGUGUGGCUGGCAUUCGAGUGUGAGUGAUUAUUUGUUUCGUUGUUGUUUUUCUCCAUCCUCCGUUUUCUUCGUGCAUAGAAAAUGAGGUACGAUGUGAGCUUGGUGUGAGAGGUGACUGGUGUUUAUUAUUAGAAUCUAUUAUUAUUAUUAUUAUUAUUAUUAUUAUUAUGUAAAUAGGGUAGGAGAGUUAGUUAAUAGACCGUAUUGGCUAUCAGUUCGCCUCCUCGCCGCUUGAGGCCCCUCGCGCCCGUCUCCAUGGCAACGGCGACGCUCUACAGUUUCGGUGUUGUCUGCCGCAGCGCCGUGUGUGUUAGGAACUUAUUUUCAGACCAGAAGUCGAAAUACGCACACCUUCAGAAAUAAUACCCUAUAAUAGCUCAUUCAUUGGUGGUCACUGGACUGUCUUGCAGGGAGCUUAUUCGCCGAGUUAGCGUGAAUAUAUUUUACUACCGAUGCUAGAAAGCGAAAUAGCAUGAGCGAAAUAUUCAGGAGACGAAACCUCUCAUAUUGCCUUCUGGACUGGACUUCGGCGUUCACGAGGCAGAUACGGGCAACGUUGCCAGAUCGUCUUACUCAGCCUCAUAUUUACCGACUUCCGACCCAAAAACUGUCUCGUGGACCCCAAUAAGGAGAUUCACUUAUAAUUAUCGCUAAAAUAGUUAAUUCCUGAUGUUUCUUGGCAAUGGUUAGGCGUUAGAAACCGAUAAAUACUAUGCUCUGAGUACGACAAUCUGGCAACGGUGGAUACGGGCCCGCGUACAUUCGCCGCUCAAUGGUCAUAUUUACCAUAAAGCAACGCAAACCUUAAAACCUAGGAGCAACGGGUAGUGUAUACGUAUUCUUUUUUUCCGACCAGAGAGCACCGUGUUUGUACUUUUGGCUCCAAACAAAAACUUGUAUUCCAGAAUCCCAAAAUAGAAGAGAAAAAAAAGAACCAUGUACCUCUCAGACAGUUCUCCGGGCGGCCGCGUGUGGCGCUGCGUGUUCAGCCAGCACGGUCUAUUUAACGUGUGUGUGUGUGUGUGUGUGUGUGUGUGCUUGCGCGGAAGUAUUUUUUUGUUAUUAUUAUUAUUAUUAUUAUUAUUAUUAUCGAUAAGAUAUUUCACACUAUCAAUGUACAUAUUACUUUAUUCAUGAAUGCGCUGUUUUCUCCAUAAAAGAACUGGUCGAUAGCAAGCUUCUGCCAAAGAGAGAGAGAGAGAGAGAGAGAGAGAGAGAGAGAGAGAGAGAGAGAGAGAGAGAGAGAGAGUUAGCUUAGCGCCCCACCGUGCAAUGGGACAAUAGUUGUUGUUGUUGAUGUUGUUGUUGUCUUGUUUGCUUGUUGUUUACACUCCCCGCCCCGACCCCCACCCUCACCCCCUCCUCCGUGCCCCCCCACCCCCCUCCCUGGUGACCUUGAAGCAGAGAUAAACAAGGAGAGUCAAUCAUUUUAUUACUUUUUUACGGACACUAACAGAAAGCGGCCGCCGUUUGUUACUCGCCAGCCGAAGGAAGUCGAGAGUCUAUCAGAGAAUCGUUCCGAGAAGUUUGCUUGAAAAAGAGUUUAUUUAUUCUGGUUUAAUUAAGGGAGAAUAUAAGGAAGAGGAGGAAGAUGUUUUAACGUUGGAUAUUGAAAUAUGGAAGUGUUUAUUGGAUUCCGGGUUAGAGAAAGGAGAAAAAGGCGUUAGCGUAAUGUGUAGAAGUGUUUGGUAUUUGUUCUGGUUUAAAAUAUAGUUUGAAAAGAGGAAGAUAUUUUGACGCGGGAAGUUGAAAUGUUUAUCUGAUCGUUAUUCCAGCUUAGAGAGAGAGAAAAGAAGGAUGUUAAAGUAAUGUAUAGAAGUGUGUUUGGUAUUUGUUCUGGUUUAAAAUAUAGAAAAGAGGAAGAUAUUUUGACGCGGGAAGUUGAAAUAGUUAUCUGAUCUUUAUUCCGGGUUAGAGAAAAAAGAAAAGGAUGUUAAGGUGAUGUGUUGAAGUUUGCAUUUGAUAUUUGUUCUGGUUUAAAGUAUAGAUAGAAAAGAGGAAGAUAUUUUGACGCUGGAAGUUGAAAUAGUUAUCUGAUCGGUAUUCCGGGUUAGAGAAAAAAGAAAAGGAUGUUAAGGUGAUGUGUUGAAGUUUGCAUUUGAUAUUUGUUCUGGUUUAAAAUAUAGAUAGAAAAGAGGAAGAUAUUUUGACGCGGGAAGUUGAAAUAUUUAUCUGAUCGGUAUUCCGGGUUAGAGAGAGAGAAAAGAAGGAUGUUAACUUGAGGUGUUGAAGUUUGCAUUUGACAUUUGUUCCGGCUUAAAGAAGAAUAUAGAGAAGAUGAAGAGCUUUUAACGAGCGAUGUUGAAAUAUUUAUCUGAUCUCUGUUCCGGGUUAGAGAGAGAAGAGAAGGAUGUUAACUUGAUGUGUUGAAGUUUGCAUUUGAUAUUUGUCCCGGUUCAAAGGAGAAAUAUAGUGAACAGGAAGGUUUUAACGCGAUAGGUGGAGACUUUGAUAUCCGUAGGGCACUCCAUUUUCGCGAGCUAUUUGAUUAACGCGAGGCAUUCAGUAUUCCCAAGAUAUUCAGCAUGCGAGGUAUUCCACAUUCGCUGGCUCUAAUGUUGACGCGUGAUAUUUGCUACUGCUUGCGAGGUAUUUCGUCUUCGCGAUUUAUUCAAUAUUCGCGAUGUAGUGGAUGUAUUUCGUAUUCAGUGUUCGCAAUGUAUUGACGCGCGAAUGAUUCAGUAUUAGUGAGGUAGUAACAUAUGGAAGGUAUUCGAUUGUUUUUACGUUUGGUAUCUGACAUUCGCGUUGCAUUCGAGAUUCGCAGAUGUGGUAUUCGCGAGGUUGUAUUUGAUCUUCGCGGGCCGCUAUUUGAUAUCAGCGAGGUUACUAACGCGACGUAGGAGGAUUAGAUCAACAUGUGCCAAGUUACCAAUGCGAGGACAGUGUAAAUUCCAUAAGCGCGAAGUUACAGGUGCGAUGUAAGAGGUUUUAAUUAUACAUACGCGAAGUUACUCGUGCUAUGUAAUUUUUUUUUUUAAGAUUUCUAGAGUGACAAUAUCUGAACAUUCUCGUCGUAUUACAAGAGCGUAGAGCAGGAUAAAGACGCUACAUGUCAUUAGCUCAAAGAAUUCAAAGACAUUCCGUAUUCACGUUAACUGGGCACAUAAGCCCCGCCCCCUUCACCAAUAAGUGUAUAUCAUUGGCCAGUUAACAAGCGAGCCGCGCCCCCUUCCUCAUAAAGAGCAUAGCAUUGGCCAGUCCACAAGCAAGCCACGCCUCCCUCACCUCAGGCCGCUUGUGACUGGUGGAUGUGGAAGGCUAAAGCUCAUUCAUUGGUGGUCACUGGUCUGUCUUGCAGGGAGCUUAUUCGCCGAGUUAGCGUGAACAGCGUAUAGGGAGCGUUAGAGAAGGGGCGUGUCACUAGCAGUAUUAGUAAACAGUAUUGUGGGUUAGGGGGAAAGUCCGCUCAAAGGGUUACGAGAUGCUCGGAGGUUUGGAUAGGGCGGUGUUCCAACGCUAGGGAAUGCAGGGAGUGAGUGUUUCUUUUAAGCAUAUUCAGGGUUAGGGAUAGGUUCAGCUCAAGGACUCAGAUGCGGAAUGUUUAGUGAAGACAGUAUUCAUAGUUGUGGGUGUAGCUUCACAGUUAUAGACCAUUGAUAAGUAGAAUUUUGAAAGUUAUAAAAUUAUAAUAGAAAAAUUAUCAAUUAGAGGAGGGAUAAAUAGAAAAAUAAAACAUUUUGAGGAGUUUACAUUCAAGUCUCGUGAAGAGAAAGCUACGAGUAAGAGCUCAGAUCACGGAGAGCUUCAGCUCAAAAUGUUGCGAGUCAGAGAAGUUGAAGAGAAUGUAAAAACUUUGAUUUAUAUAAAUUUCUAGCCAGUUCCUUCCGCAGAGAAAGAGACAAAUACCAGUUAUCUUUUGUUUAAGGUCAACGUCUGAACAGCUUGCUCGUGCCAGGACGUGUCAGGGCGCCAGGCGUGACGGGGGGCACACCGCGUCGCUUGGCCGGGGGUGUGCCGCCCCCCCUGGGCUACCCCCGGCAGGGAGCCUCGCCCCCGGGCCGCCGCCAGGAGGGGAGGCGAAGGGCUGGGUCAGGCGGGGUCACAGAGGUCACUGUGCCGAGCCAGGAAAGAUCAGACUACCUGGGUCGUUUGAGGUCAAAACCAGAAUAUGUGAUCAUUGGUUGUUUGAGGUCAAGCUCAGGUCAUUUAAGGUCAAGGUCGGGUUAUACUAGAUCACAUGACUCAAUUACUGGGUCAAGGGAAGAUCGGCUGAGUUUUAAAUAUCACGAAGAGGUCACUUAGAGUCGCGGGGGUCAAGAAAGAGGUUACCUGGUAUAUGAAUCAAGUACCGCAAGUCAAAAGGUCGUGAAUACAGGUUACGUCAGGUCAAGGUCACGUGAAUGUCAGGUAGUAAGUCAAGGUCACAUGGAAAUCAAAUGAAGAUCAUGAGGGUCGAAUAAUGUCAAAUGAAGUUGCAGGUCCCGGGAUGCGAAUGGCAGGGCAAAAGUAAAGGUCUGAGGAAGUCAAGCCCACGGUUGGCAGAUCAAAUGAAGGUCAAGGAAAGAUUUGAUACAGGUUAAGGUCAAAAGGUCAACUGAAUUUCACUCAAAGCUCAAAUAGGAGUCAAGGUCACGAAAAGCUUAAUUUAAGGUCUAGAAGAGAUCAAGGUCACGAGCAGAUUGAUGAAUAGGUUAAGCAAAGGUCAAAUAGGAAUCAAGGUCAUGAAGCUAAAUGAAGGUCAAGCAAAGGUCAAGUAGGAGUCAAGGUCAUGAAGUUAAAUGAAGGUCAAACAGGUCAAGGUCAAAAGAAAGUCAAUUUAAGGUCUAGAAAGGUAAAAUAGAUGUCAAGGUCACGAGGAGGUCUAAUAGAGCUCAAGGUUGAAAGUCAAUUUAAGGUCAAGAAAAAACGAAUAAAGGUCUAAGUCACGAGGUCAAAUAGAGGUUAAGAAAGGCAAUUAAGUUCAAGAAAGGUCAAAUAUAAGUCAAGGUCACGAGAAGAUCAAGAAAGGUCAUAAGAAAUCAAUUGAAGUUCAAGAAAGGUCAAAAGAGGUUAAGGUCACGAGGUUCUAGGUCAUGGUCGAAAGAAAUUCACUUGAAGGUCAUGUAAAGGUCAACAAGGGGUCAAGGUCACAGUGAGGUCAGGUCAAGGUCACAGCGGCAGCCUCGGGGCGAUGCUUCUUCCGCGUUACAACAAACGAAGGGAAAAAAUAACGCUUGUACACUAUUAGUAGAUGUAGUCGUGUGUGUGUGUGUGUGUGUGUGUGUGUGUGUGUGUGUGUGUGUGUGUGUACCAUAGGACAAGCAUGUGUAUACCUACUGGACAUUUUACUACAAGUCUAUCCAUGCCAACUUAUUACGUAUAUAGUGUGUGUGUGUAUGUGUGUGUGUGUGUGUGUGUGUGUGUGUGUGUGUGUGUGUGUGUGUGUGUGUGCCGUAAUAUCUGUCCCCGUUGACGUAUCCGUUUUCUAUGAUCGCCCCGAAUGGUGUAUAAAUUUAAGAGUCACUUCGGUAUUCAUAAACACAAACAUUUUCACGACGGUGUAUCUAGGAAGGUUUUUGUUCCCGCAUCUCGGCGCGUCGCCCUGCUUUUCGUGCUGUCUCGUCGCUGCUACUGCUGCUGCUACUGCUGCUACUGUUAUGUCCUAGUCGCCACUGCGUUGCUGAAACACUUUACGAUAAAUAUAAUCACCGUAGAAGUAGGAAAAAAAAAAGAGAGGGACUGGAGGCUUCGAGGGAAUGUUAGAGUUACCCUUUAAAAUGGGCUACGUGGGUCCGUUUUCUCUUACCGAUACUCGUCUAUUUCUACGUUAUAAGAGUGAAUAUUGCUACCGCUAUUACUAUUACUACUACUAUUACUAUUACUGUCUGUGUGCGUGUGUGUGUGUGUGCGUGUGUGUGUGUGUGUGUGUGUAGGCUAAGGCAAUAAUAAUAUCCUUGUUAAUUGAGUUCGGCUAUCACUAGGUGGCAACCUUUAUAGCCAAUGUUUUCCAAUAAUUCAAUUUUCCGUAAAGCCAUCAAACCGUCGAGUGCACACUACAUAUAAAUAGCAUCAAGGACAUUCAAAACAUCAAAUUAACCGAAGAAAACGCGACGAUUAACCCGAGGAAGAAAACGGGAAACUGAAUCAAAUAGGAAAGCAACGACCACCAUCUGGUAACACCUCGUGACGUCAUCUUCCACGCGUCAGUCUGGACCGUGGAAGUGAGGAAGGAGGUUACGGUCUCGGCUCUCCGUUCAUCUCCCUCGAAACAGCUGAUUUUGUUAUUUAGGUUAGUAACGUGUGUGUGUGUGUGUGUGUGUGUGUGUGUGUGUGUGUGCGCUAAUUUGUACGCAUUGGAACACAUGAUAUACAUAUAAUUUCGUAAAACACUCACAUACCCAAACCUCUUAAAUUUUCACACACACACACACACACACACACACACACACACACACACACACACACACACACACACUUUCAUAAUAAUAAUAAUAAUAAUAAUAAUAGGCUAACCGAGGCUAACCGUUUUAUAUCAGUAAUCUUUUCUAUGGUGUAAUUAUAUAUAUAUCGUUAAGUAACCGAUUAUCUAUAUAUAUUGCUGUAUGGAUUAUGUUGUCAGUGAUUUCCAGUAUAGACCUAGAGUAUAAGUGGGCGACCCGUACACACCGUAGGCUAAGGCUUGGCUACACACACACACACACACACACACACACACACACACACACACACACACAUACAUACGUACAUAUAUUCGCACACACACACACACACACACACUCCACUAGUAAGGGUGUAAAUAAGUAAUCUAAGUGAGUGUUUCUUAUGCUAAAAACCUGCUUAUAGUAUUUCAUUAUUAUUAUUAUUAUUAUUAUUAUUAUUAU